AUGAAAAAAAAAACCAAAGAAAAGAAAAAGCGUGUAGCAACGAUACAAGAAGACACAGAGAGAAAUGCAAAUGGGAUUAUUGAUGAAGUUAUAAACAAUAAUUUAAAUUUUGAUGAUGAUCUACUUUUAAAUUUGAGUGUCUGUUCCAAUGAAAGUGACUUGUUAAAUGAAACAGAAAGGGGUGAUAUUGAAUUGGAGUUGCAAGAGAACCUUGAAAGAUCCGAGCAUCAGAUUGGAGAUUGGCUUUUGAUAAAAUAUUAUGUUGGUAAAAGAAAGAAAACAGUUGGAACGGUUCAUGAAAUAAAAAAUCAGAUUUAUAAGAUGAGAUUUUUAAAAUUUAAGAAUGAAAGUAAGAAUUCUACAUCUGUCAUUGCCCCUAACAACGAUGACAUAGACAAAAUUGAUGAGAAUAAUAUAAUAAUAUGUAGACUACCAGAACCCAGUAUUGGAAGAAGUGGUGAAAUGGUUUUCCAAUAUCAUUUGGCUAAGUAA